AUGGGUUCGACAUUCGAGUACCCCGCGACUAACCGGACUUGGCAGAUUAUUCACAAUGCCAGGAAAGGAGGCUACGCUGUCGGUGGAUUUUGCGUAUACAACACAGAAGGCGUCCUGGCCGUGAUCAAGGCCGCCGAGAGAUGUCGCUCCCCUGCCAUGAUCCAGUUCUUUCCCUGGACAAUGCAUUUCCAGGGCCCGGAAUUCAUCCGCUUCGCGGCAGAGCGGGCUCACCGAGCUUCCGUCCCCAUCUCCGUCCACCUCGAUCAUUGCCUCAAGCCCGCUGACGCAGACAUGGCUCUGCAAUGCCCAUUUGAUUCCAUCAUGGUUGACGGCUCCAUGUUUGACGAAGAGAAGAAUGUUGAAUACGUCAAGUCUGUCGUGGAUAGAGCCAGGGACAAGAAUAUUACCGUAGAAGCAGAACUGGGAAGAAUGGAAGGUGGCGAAGACGGGCUCCCGAACAUUGAUCUAGAGAGCGUGUGGACCGAUCCUGAUGGUGCAGCCAACUUUGUCAAGAAGACUGGUGUCCAUUUCUUGGCCCCUAGCUUUGGAAACGUGCAUGGUCCCUAUCCGCCAGGGGGAGCUGAGAAGCACUGGCAGUUGGAUCGGCUUGAGAAGAUCCACCAGGCGAUGGGUGCUGAUACACCGUUGGUGCUCCACGGCACUCAUCCCCUGUCGGAUGACAUGGUCCGGGUCGCAAUGGAAAAGGGAAUGGUCAAGGUCAAUCAGAACCGUAAUGUGAGAAAUGGAUACCACAAGUAUCUUGAGGAUAACGCAGGCAAAGUGGAGCUCACGACACUACAAUCCGAAGGCGUAGAGAUCUAUUCUCAGGGCGUCGAGCGUUUGAUGGUUGACGUAUUUAAGUCAGCCGGAAAAGUAUGA